AGGGGCCAAUACAGCAAAUGACAUUUUCCCCAAAAACCCAUAGCCACCUUCACUAAAACCCUAGUCCAUUCAGCAGCAGAGCAUAUAUAAAAAGAAGUGAGGAGCCCGAACCCUUUCUUUACAGCUUCUUCCGUUUUCUCUCCCAAAACAGAGGUAAACACAUAGGAACAACAAUUGGUUAAUUUUGGGCGAAGAAAAUGUUGGUAUUGUUUGAAACACCGGCAGGUUUUGCCCUUUUCAAAGUUUUGGAUGAGGGAAAGCUCUCCAAAGUUGAGGAUUUGUGGAAAGAGUUCUCCUCAACUGAUUCUGCCCGAAAGGUUGUGAAGCUAAAAGCUUUCUCCAAGUUUGAGAACACCUCAGAAGCUCUGUCAGCAGCUACUUUGUUGAUAGAUAGCAAGCCCAGCAAAGGAUUGCGCAAGUUUUUGAAAGCUCACUGUGAUGGUGAAACUUUGGGUGUUGCUGAUUCAAAACUUGGAAAUGCAAUUAAAGAGAAACUGCAAAUUGACUGUGUUCACAAUAAUGCUGUCAUGGAAUUGAUGAGAGGGGUGAGAAGUCAGUUGACUGAGCUCAUAACUGGUCUUGGAUCUCAAGACUUGGCUCCAAUGAGCUUGGGUUUAUCUCAUAGUCUUUCAAGAUACAAGCUAAAGUUUAGCCCUGACAAGGUGGAUACGAUGAUUGUACAAGCCAUUAGCUUGUUGGAUGACCUUGAUAAAGAGCUAAACACAUAUGCCAUGAGGGUCCGAGAAUGGUAUGGUUGGCAUUUUCCGGAGCUUGCAAAGAUUGUACAAGAUAACAUUUUAUAUGCCAAGGCUGUGAAGUUGAUGGGCGACCGUGUAAAUGCGGCAAAGCUGGAUUUCUCUGAGAUACUGCCAGAAGAGGUUGAGGCAGAAUUGAAAGAGGCAUCCAUGAUUUCCAUGGGGACUGAAGUUAGUGAUCUUGAUCUGGAGAAUAUUAAAGAUUUAUGCAGCCAAGUUCUGUCAUUCUCCGAGUACAGAGCUCAGUUAUAUGAUUAUUUGAAGAGCAGGAUGAACACGAUUGCCCCAAAUCUUACGGCUCUAGUUGGAGAACUUGUUGGUGCUCGGCUUAUUGCCCAUGGCGGCAGCUUGUUGAAUCUUGCAAAGCAACCUGGAAGUACAGUUCAGAUACUUGGUGCUGAAAAGGCUCUUUUCAGAGCUUUAAAGACGAAGCAUGCAACUCCGAAAUACGGGCUUAUAUAUCAUGCUUCUUUGAUUGGACAGGCAGCACCAAAACACAAGGGUAAAAUCUCAAGAUCUCUAGCAGCAAAAACUGCUUUGGCAAUUCGAUACGAUGCUCUUGCUGAUAGCCAAGAUAAUACCAUGGGUUUGGAGAAUCGGGCCAAGCUUGAAGCACGCUUAAGAGCCUUAGAGGGCAAAGAGUUGGGCAAGUCAGCUGGGUCUGCCAAAGGCAAACCAAAGAUUGAAGUCUAUGACAAGGAUCGCAAAAAGGGUGCAGGAGCACUGAUAACACCAGCUAAGGUUUACAACCCUGCUGCCGAUUCUGUUAUUGGACACACUGAGAAUGAGGAGAAGAUGAGUAUAGAUGGACAGCCAUCUCAAAUUAAGGAAGCAGCUGGGGAGGUUCCCGUCACUGAAGGAGAGAAGAAAAAGAAGAAGAAGAAGAAGUCUGCAGAAACAGAGGAUAAUGCUGUAGCAACUGAUGCUGCAGAACCCGAAGACACUGGGAAGAAGGAGAAGAAGAAAAAGAAGAAGCAUGCAGAGGAAGUCGAAAGCGUAGAAGUGGAAAAAAGUAAGAAAAAGAAGAGGAAACAUGCUGAUGCUGAUGAGGAUGAAGCAGAAAGCACGGAUAAAAAGAAAGACAAGAAGAAGAAGAAGAAGAAGAAGACUGAAGAAUAACUGUUUCGGCGCAGACAUUGUUAUUAUCAACAAUUUUGGUAUUGGGCAUUGGGCGGCGUGGUUAAGUUGUACAAUUAUGUCAUUAGUAAGUUAUUAGUGCUUUGUAAUGCAACUUAGGAUUUCUGUUAGUUAACAGAUGCUUGCUUGAUGAUGCUUUUAAUCCUACUUUGGAUGCUUUAUUCUACUGUGGAUUUUUUUGCUAUAUGCUAUUUUACAUGUUUUAAGCCACA